UGCCAAAUUCAUAUUUGGUUUGGCACCCCCUCCCUAGCAAUGUGCAUCCCCUUGGUCCUCCUAUGGCUUCUUAGCAUUCCAUUUCUCAUCAAUGCUGCCAUCCCUCAGCCUAAAGGAUUCUUGCUAAACUGCGGAGGACCAGAGUUUACUGCUAAAAAUGGCCUAAAGUACAUUCCAGAUCAUAGCCACAUAUUUGUCGGAAAUGUUACAUCUGUUAAGAAACCAGAUGUAUUGCCUCUACUGAAAACAUUGAGGUAUUUCCCGGACACUGCAUCGAGGAAAUACUGCUACACUUUUCCAGUAAUCAAAGGUGGAAAGUUUCUUAUUAGAACUACAUAUUACUAUGGAGAUUUUGAUGGAAAGAAAGAACCACCAGUGUUUGAUCAGAUAAUUGAUGGAACUAGAUGGAGCACUGUUAAUACCACUGAGGAUUAUGCCAAUGGCCUUAGCUCCUAUUACGAGAUUAUAAUCACUGCUCUUGCAAAGUCAUUAAGUGUGUGCUUGGCAAAGAAUGAACACACAGUUUCUAGCCCCUUUAUCUCAGCUCUUGAGGUGAUUUAUCUCAAAAAAUCAUUGUAUAAUUCAACUGAUUUUAGUAAACAUGCUUUAUCAAUGGUGUCUCGAGCUAGCUUUGGCUCCGAUGGAGAUAUAAUAAGUUAUCCAGAUGAUGCAUAUAACCGGGAUUGGCAACCGUUUAUGGAUAGAAAUGUUGCAGAAAAAAGCCACUCCAACAUAAGUACUUCUGGAUUUUGGAACAGUCCACCGGCAAAGACAUUUACAACCGCAAUCACAGCAAGCCAAGCCCAAACUCUCACAGUCAAAUGGCCUCCAUUUACAUUGCCUGACAGUUUAUACUAUGUUGCGUUUUACUUUCAAGAAAGCCGAAGUCCAGGCCCAUUUAGUUGGAGAGUUUUUGAUGUCAGUGUAAAUGGGAAAGUUUUCUACGAAAACCUCAAUGUAACAACCACAGGUGUAAGUGUUUAUAGCACGGAAUGGCCUCUUGAUGGGCAAGUAGAGAUUGUUAUGAAUCCGCGGAGGGAUAUGCCUGUUGGCCCCUUAAUCAAUGCAGGGGAAAUCUUUCAGAUUCUGCCUCUAGGAGGAAGGACUGCUACUAGAGAUGUGAAAGUGAUGAAAAAGUUGGCUAAAGGCCUUAAAAAUCUGCCUCCUGAUUGGAAUGGAGAUCCCUGCCUACCUAAACAAAAUGGUUGGACUGGAGUUACAUGUUCCGAAGGAAAAAACCCUCGAAUCAUCUCCUUGAAUCUAACUAGUUGUGGCAUCUCCGGGACACUGCCCAAAGACAUAGCCAAUUUAACUGCCAUCUCUAGUGUAUGGCUGGGAGGUAACAAGCUUUAUGGCACAAUUCCGGAUAUGAGCUCAUUAAAGGCUCUGGAGUCCUUGCGUUUGGAAGACAACAAAUUUGAGGGAAAAAUCCCUCAAUCACUAGGAGAACUCCCAGAGCUCAAAGAAGUAUUUCUUCAAAACAACAAUCUGACCGGCAGCAUUCCAUACAAUCUAGCGAAUAAGAAAGAAAUAAAUCUUCAGGUCUCUGGAAAUAACUUGUCGGAUGGAAAAGAAUGAUGCUAAAGAAAGGCUGAGAGAGAAACUGGAAAGCUUUUGCGUGCACAUUGGAUGGAUGAAGGGGAUGUUAUUCAGCACAAGAGGGGUAUAAAGAGAAAGUGAUGGAUCAUUAUUUUGAAAAAUGAUAUAAUUUUAUUGUAAUUCAUACAUGUUUCGCAUCAAAAUAAAAACUCUACAGCAAAACUCAAAAUCAGGAACAGUGUAUUGAAUCUUUUGCAAUUUAUCCAACUCCAAAACAAACUUAUACAGUUAUAGUACAAUUACUUUCCUUACUUCAACCUUUUUUUUAUAUUAUAAACACAAUCUCUGCAACCUGAACAAAUAAUCUGACAUUCUAUGCUUUAGCUUGAUCGUAUCUUCUAGCAUACUUUAAGUUAAAUUAUAGUGUCUUUUUGUAGAAAAGAAGUUUGGGAAUGAAGUUAUUCUGCCUUGUGAUCCACCUUUGAGCCUUAGAA